AUGUGUCAAUACCUGACCACCGUGCCUUCUCUGACGCUCACAAGCUCUUGCCACGACGGCACUCCUCGUGGAAAGCACGUUGCGGUAAUUCCGCUCGGUUUGCCGAUCGAAUGUCCGACACAGAUGGCGGACGCACAGGUCCAUCCUGAGCACAAGUCUACUGCUGAGGCACCAGAUGUUCACGUGCAAGCCGAGAAGGAGAAAGCCGAGAAGACCAUGGGGGCAAAGGAGAAGGAGGAAAAGGAGAGACCCGAAGUCAAAGAGAAAGAGGAGAAGAUCGAGCAGACCAAGCAUCAUGAGUCCAAAGAAGUCGAAGAGAAGGCAAAGCAGUCCAUAGAAAAAGAUUCAGGGGCCAGAGACCCUGCCACUCAUGCAACGACCGAAGCCAUCGUAGUUCCUGUCGAUUUCUCGCCGAAGCUUCCCGCCAGAACCUUCACCACGCCCGCCGGCCAAACCCUCACCGUGAUUGAGCAUCCCGACGAAGUCCACGAUCCUGCCGAACAAAUCAGUACCGUUCCCAUCGCCAACGAGAAAGGUCAAACCGUCGUCGAAGUCGUCAAGCCGACGACCGUCGCCACCGCGGCUGUCAUCGUUCCAGCUACCAUUAUUACCGAGGAGGUCAAGCCAGUCGUCAAAAAAGCUCCCACAGUUCUCGUCAUCCCACCCGCCGCCAUUGUCACCGAGCAGAACAUGAACAAGAAAGCUGGCAUCGACACUAUGGUCGCACAACCUCCGACCAGACCCAAAUCCGUGUUGGAAAUUCCGGUGACCGAGAAGCCUUUGCGAGCGAUUCGGCCUGCGACGAUUCACCAGGAUGUUGGUAUCCCGACUCCUCCGCCCUCUCCCGAGUUGGAUGCCCUUCUCGAGCCUAUUGGCAUCUUCCCUGAUUAUGUCGCCAAGACCGAGAAGAUCCUGUUCGUGCAGCAGAACAUGCUCUCCAUCAUGUCGAAGGAAGACUAUAUCAUCACAGACGAAGCCGGAGCAACACUUUUCCAAAUCGACAACAAACUCCUCACCACCUCGCACCUCAAACGCUUCUCCUCUCCCAACGGAACCUUCCUCUUCGACCUCCGCAAGCGCCGCUUUCCUUUCCGCGGCCAUCGCAUCACGUUGACGAACCUUCUCUCCCCGCACCCAGCCGAGUCGACUUUCUUCCUGAAAUCCGGCGCUCUCCACCUAGGCGGUACCGAGGCCGGUCCUGUGGUAGCGACGUUUGUGCCCGACUGGCUCGUCUCGAAAGGCGCCCUGUCCGGCAAACCAGCGUGGAAAGUCCGCGUGGCGAAAGGACUGGAUAUGGGUGUGGUCGCGGCGCUAUGUGGCAUGGUGGAUGAUGAAAGAUGUGCGAAGGGAAGUGGGAAGGCAGAUCUCUUCGCGGGGAGGUUCGAGUUUGAGUUCGCCGGUCAUCCUGGCGAUGGCGUCCAUCACCAGGAUUUGAUGCCCUAG